AUGGCUGACCCUAUCAAUAAGAACCACAACUGCGCCUCUACCAACGACGACACCGAGGUCGUCGACGAGGGCAAUCGCAGUAUCCUUUUGGAUAUUAUCUCUCAGCUCAGCAAGGGAGGCGACCUCCAUCGAAUUACCCUGCCAACCUUUGUUCUCGAACCCAGGAGCAUGCUCGAGCGCAUCACCGACUUUAUGUCCCAUCCUGAGAUUAUCAUCAAAGCAAACAAAAUGGACGAUCCUGUGGAGCGGUUUGUAGCUGUCACUCGCUACUUUUUGUCCGGUUGGCAUAUCAAGCCCAAGGGCGUGAAAAAGCCGUACAAUCCUAUCCUUGGGGAACAGUUUCGCUCAAAGUGGAUAUUUGCUGAUGGUACAGAGGCGUUCUACGUUGCGGAGCAGGUCUCUCAUCACCCUCCAAUUUCGACUUACUAUUACGCCAGCCCUGAGAACCACCUCAGCAUCGUUGGCGAUGUGAUGCCAAAGUCGAAAUUUUUGGGCAACAGUGCUGCAACGUUGAUGCAGGGAGAGAUUAAUGUCUCCUUCACAAACCGACCUGGAGAAAACUACCUCAUUACCAUGCCCAAUGUCUACGCCCGUGGUAUCUUGUUUGGCACGAUGUUGAUGGAAUUGGGGGACGCUGCGGGGUACUUCUCCGGAUCUUACAACAGCAUUGCCGGAAAGAUUAAGAGAAUCUCCACUGGCGAGGUCCUUUACGAUAUCUCUGGAAAAUGGUCGGAUGAAAUCUACAUCACUAAGGACGGCAACAAGGAGGUAUUUUUUGAUGCGAGGACGGCCAGCAUUCAUCCAAAAAUCGUAGCGCCUGAGGAGGCGCAGGAGCCACAUGAAUCGCGCCGACUGUGGAGCAAGUUGACUGCAGCUCUGAAAGCGAACAACCAACCCCUGGCUACAGAGGAAAAGAGCAAGGUCGAAGAUGCUCAAAGAGCCAGGUCAAAGCAGCGUGAAGAGCGGGAAGAGACUUAUGUUCCAAGAUAUUUCGAGCCUGUGAACGACAACUUCCAUAUCAAGUUGAAAAAGUAG